GAUCGCGUCGCGUAGACCGUGCCCGACCCCUUCCUCCUCCCGUCUGUCCCCUCCUCUCCCUCUGAACUCCACUCCGUCGCGCGCGGCGCCGCGGCAGAGAAAGGUUGCGGAAGACGACUAGCCUAGCCACACACACCCACUCGCGCGGGGGAAAGCCAAGGAGCCGCCAAUGGCGCCGCGCUGGCCGUGACCAGAGGCCCGGGAGUUGCGGCGGGGACGGGAAGGACGAGGGCGGGCGGUGUGCGAUGGUGCGCGGGCCGGCGAUGGCCCCUGUCGCUGGGCCCGGGGCGGUAGCCGCGGCUGCUGCCGCCGCCGCCGCGGCAGCGGAGGAGAUGCGGUGGCGGCAGCUGGACAGCGGCGUGAGCGCGGUGUCGUUCGGGUUCGUGGCCACCGCCAUCCUCGUCUCCAUGUUCCUCGCCAUGGCCAUCCUCGAGCACUUCCUCCGCCCCCCGGCCCACGCGGCCGCCCCGCCGCCCCGGGGGAUCCUCCGCCGCCUCCUCGGCCGCGGCGGCGCGCGCGGCGCCGCCCCCGGCGCGGAUCUCGAGGCGGCGAGGAAGCUCGAAGGCCACGCGCCCCUCGAGAUACCUGUGUACCCGAAAGGCGUCUCAGUUCUGAUGCCAGGGCAAGACGUGCCAACGUUCAUCGCGCAUCCUGCUCCAGCACCCUGCCCUCCGGAGAGGAUCCAAUGGCCAUCGCACCAGCCCCCUCCUUUCGCCGGUUCCUCAUCAAACCCUAGCUAGCGUUGAGACUUGCGUGUAGUCAGAAUCACCAAAGUCUGUAGAGGGGUAGCCGUGUGCCCUGUGGACUUAUCGGCGAUCCAUUCGGAAUCCAUGGUGGCUGAGUAGCAUGACAGCCAAUGCAGUCUCUCGGCUCUCUCGCUCUCUUUCUGUAUCUGUACAGGUUUUAGGUCUUGUUCUGCGGCAAGCUUUGCCGCUGCCCCCCUGCUGUCUUGUGGCGGGCGGGCGAGCGGCGGCUGGUGGAUCUCUGGAGUAGUUGUUGCUGAUCCCGCUUGCUGUGCUAGUAGAUGGCCUGAUGGGGCGUGUUAUGUGGACUCAGUUGGCAAAUGUGCGCCGCCAGGUGUUUAAUUUCAGGAAAUCGUUUCGUC